CGGUUGGAAUUGACACAUAUGUGUAUCAAUGUUUAUUUACGUCGCAUCAACUUAUUUUUCACGUUCUUUCCAUUAAAAUAAAUGCUAAAGAAUAAACUGAGCUUAUUAAAUAAUUCUACAAUAUUGCACAUCAAAAAUGAUGGAAAAUUUGGCAGAUGAUCCCAGUUUUAUUGAUGCAAUUGUGCAUGAGGUGAAAUCUCAAGGACUUUUCGAUCAGUUCAGAAAGGAAUGCCUUGCGGACGUUGACACCAAACCGGCUUAUCAAAAUUUACGACAGAGAGUGGAAAGUUCGGUUAGCAAGUUUUUGUCUCAACAAAAAUGGACAGAAAACAUCCGCCACAAAAAUCAACUACGAGAGAAACUCAGGAAAAAUAUUAUUGAUUCUGGAUUUUUAGAAACUGGCGUAGAACGUAUCGUUGACCAAGUAGUGAAUCCAAAAAUAUCUGCAGUUUUUCAUCCCAAGGUGGAAGAAAUUGUUUACAAUUAUCUCGGAAUUGAGAAACCGAAGCCAGUAAUUAAUGGAAGCGGAUUUGACAUACAGACUGACUUUAUGCCCGAAGAUCUUGAGGCGGUCAGUCCCGAUUCAGAUAAAAAAUCUUCUAGUGCUUCGUCGGAUAUAUUGGCUACACACGAGCAAAGUAUUAAUGAGGAACUAAAUGAAUCUAAAGAGAAUGUAGAUGAUUUUGAGUCUCCUGCCUUUGAACCAUUGGAAACGCGUUCACCGAGUCAAACAAAGCAAGAAAGUAACGAUUCGCACACUUCCGCUAUAAGUGGCUUAACCUCACAAGAAUCAGUCCAGAGCGAACAUCAUCAGGACAGCAUUCAAGAACCUAAUGUUCAUGGGACCAAAGCCAUUGAAAUUGCUGAAAGGUCUGUCGGAGUGGAUGAACAAGAUCUAAAAACUGUAAGUCCUGAUGACGACAUACUUCAUCGUGCACAUGAUAGUCCUGAGACUGCUCAGAAUGAUUCCCAAUUGUCACAGGUUUCCAGCAAUAGUCGGCUAUCAAUUAUUACGAACUCAGAAGGUGUGCUUCCACUGCAUCAGCAGGAAAUACAUCAGAAUCCUAGACUUGAUAUAGCGGAGGAAGCUCAAAUGCCGAAAUUCAACGAGUGUCCAAAUGAGGAAGGGGAGGUAGUACAUGAGAGUGUUGAGGAGUCUAAUAUGAGCAAGCAACCGCAAAGAUUCAAGUUCGAUUUGAAGAAAGAGACUUAUGAAUUUAGCGGUACGGUACGGAACAAACAACUGUCGGAAAACUAUCCGGAUAAAACAAACGAAAUAGUUUCGGUUGAUAAUGGUGGCCAAGAAAUACCUGACAAACAUCCGGGAUGUCCCUCUUCUCCAACAACAACAUCUAAAUACGAGGAAAGUUCCACGCAAUCGGAACGAUCUUUGCGGAUAUGCGAAGAUUCAACUUUGGACCGCCGGACAUUGGAGCAGUACAAUCAACAUGAUAACUGUGAUUCUGCGAAAACACCUCUCAAUGAUGAACACAGCACACAAUCAGCACCUGACGUUGAAAAAAUGGACAGUUUACAAGCAGAGAUAGUCAGUUUGGCAGUUGUCCAGCAACAUACCGAAAAAGAGAAAAAAACAAACUCCCGUGAUCGAGAUCGUAGUCUUAGCAGGAAACAUUCGACAUCUCAUCACCAUCGUUCCUCGUCUUCGCGUGAUAGAAGGUCCUACAGUUCGGCGAAACACAGCAGCAGUGGUCGGAAAUCUGAUCAACGUGACAGAAAAAGCGAAAAUGGCAAAAGCAACUCUAACAGUGGGAGUUCCAAAAAGUUUCAUGAUAAGAAAAACCCGGAUGACGAUCAUUACAGUUCUCGCGAAAAGCCCAUCAAAAAGCGGCGUUCAACCGAUAGAGAUUCCAACGAUGGCACUGAUAGUGUUAAGCAUGGCAGACAAUAUGGAGACGCAAAUAACGGCUCUGGCGAAUCGCUUAAUGACACAACAAACAACAUGAAUACCUCGCAGAAGCGCGGUGGUGAGAUGCAUGACAGUCAGGUCAAAACGAACGAAUCGCUUGAAUCCCAAUUCGAAGGGUUCGAUGAAGAACAACUGCAGCGCAUAUCAUUGCCGAAAAUUGAAUCAUUGAAUGAUUACAAGAAAAAGUCGGACAAGAAUUUUUCGGUAGAUUCUCAAGUCGGACAAAAAAGGUCAAGAAAAAACCAUGAGAAGAUUCCUAAAGACUGUGCUCGUAAAGUUGAUGCUCCCAACAUGGAUGUUUUCUCUUUUUCGUUUGAGAAACCAGCCAAGUUGAGAAAAAGUGAUGAAAUAAUUCAAGAAGAACCAGUUAUUGGUUCGUUACAACUUGAUCCGGUUUGCAUCGAUGAUACGACUCGCGAAAUCCGUCAGGAAGACAACGUUAUGCCUUGUGGGGAACCUAUAGAUCAUCCUGACGAAGGUAUCAUCGUUUUAGAGCCCACAGAGAUCGAAAGAGUUACCGAGGUAAACAAUAUGUUUAGCUCAUCAGAAGCAGCUUCAACUGCCGAUGAAGACAUGUUACCACAGCGUUUUGAUUUCCCUCCGUCUGAUCCUGCCAAUCUAAUUAAAUUAUCAACAAAACCGGUGGUGGUAGAUCAAAUACUGAUGAAAGAGGAUAAUGUGGGCUUUGAAUUGUUCAUUGGCGAUAAACCCACCCAAUGCAAGGAUCAACAAGCACCACCGAUCAUCAGAAAGAUAAAAAAGCCGAAGAUAGCAUCGAAUUUUAGUGAAGCCCGAAAACUCAUGAAGAUACGCAAGCAAAUGGAGCGCGAUGAAAGAAAACAACGCGAACAGGCGAAAGCUUCAGAAAAACAAUCGUCUAUCGGAAAUGAAAUCAUUGGUGAAGGAAGCCAAAUGGCUGAGCUUGAAUCCGUCUAUCAUAGUGACACGACAAAUUUGGAACCUUUGCCAACGAGAGACGAGGAAAAAGAGUUAUUAUUCUUUCCCGAAGACAAUGAAGCGUUCCCAGUCAACGAUAAACUUUUAUUUUUUUUGAAGCAAAACAUUGUCUGCACUAUUCCGAUGCAGUUUGCAAUUGAAAGCUCGAAAAUUAAAUGGUUUUCCCUAGAUGCAUCUUCUGAACAUGGUGGUCCAAGUGUACCAAACGAUAGCCUGUCGAAAAGAAAAAAAGAUAGUAUCGAAAUUCCAGAGAAUAUUUGCGAAACACAAAGUGUGUGCAUCGAACCAAUGAAGGAAGAACAAGCAGGAGCAAACAAUUCAGACUGUUUGUCAAAAUCUGAUAACUCUUCGAUCAAUUGUCAAAUGGCACCAACUCUCGAUGUUCGUGAAACAUCAGUCGUGAAUCAGCGAACCAAUAAGAAAAAAACCGGGCCAUCUCCCGCGAGAAAUGUUGGGAAAAUGCGGAAUAAUGUUAUGGAUAUAACUGAAGUUGAUCAACAAAAAAUAUAUCUCACAACAGAUUAUAUAAAAGAUCGCACUACGUGCGCCGCCGAAACAGUGGAGAACAUUCAAAAGAAAAAGACGGGAAAGAUGAAACGAUUAGGACUCCCAAAACCCAGAGAAAAUUUAGUUAACAACAAUAGCCCAACAUUUCUUAUGGUGGAUAUUUCGGACAUGAAUACAGUGAACACAGAGAAAAAAUCACCUACAAUUAAUAACAACAACAAUGGUGGUACCAUCAAAUCACAACGGUAUUCCAGUGAUGAUCUGUACAAACCACGUCCUCUCAACGGGCUUCGGACAAGGACGCGCACACGAGGAAGCGAGGGAGUUCAGACAGAAAUCACAAUGUAGAUUUCUAAAAGUCCAAGGGCCAAGCAAUCGUUUGACCAAAGCAAUUUGACAGUGAUUCUAAUAUACAUUAGUUUACUAUGGGAGUAGUGUUAUUUGGUAUUUCUAUAAUACGUAAGACGUAUUUAAUUCUGCUUUGUAUAGAUGUAUGCAGUUGCCAUAAAAUCAUCAGUUGUCCCAAA